AUGUAUCCGAAAACGCCACAAUCGAGCCCGACGUCACACUCUUCUCGAAAGGGCCCAUUUAACGGCGCGGUCUCCUACGGCUACGAAAACGAAACGACCCUGCUGCCUAUCGUCCCUAUGGUAAUCGAAGCUAAUGGUCGAACCUGGACCGGGUACGGAUUGUUGGAUCCCGGUAGCCAAAUCUCAAUGAUAACCAACGCGCUUGCAAACGAAUUGGGACUUCAAGGCGAGAAGGGAAUUUCGAUAAUCGGAACGUACCACGGCCGCGACCCAACUGCACACACGACAAAGGUGUCCUUCAGAAUCUCGUCGUUGGACAAAAGCAGUUCUUUCGAAAUCCCGAACUGUUACUCCGUUCCCGUCUUAAAAAUCAAGAACGAAAACGUCGAUCUAAAGAAGCUUGUCAAGGAUUGGCCUCAUCUAGCUGGAUUGAAGGUUCCCGCCCAAAAUUCCGUGGACGUGAACGUGUUGAUCGGCUCGUGUGAUAUGGCUCCGCAAGAAGUCCUUGAAAUCAAAAGAGAUCCGUUGAACGAGCGAGCUCCGCGAGGUCUCCGAACAGCCUUUGGAUGGUGUAUAGCCGGUCCGAUUUCUCCGGCCGCCGUUGCACAACUUCAGUGCAACUCGCUCUCAUUAGCGCCCCCACCCGAUCAAGAUCUUGUGAAUGCGAUCGAUCGCUUUCUACUCACCGAGACCUACGAAGCCCGAGCAGGUGUCAAGGUGCCGGUCAGCGACGAUGAAUUACGUGCAAACAAGAUCCUAAACGAAACGACAAGAUUCGUAGGCGAUCGUUACGAGUCGGGACUCCUCUGGAAAAACGAAGAGCCGAACCUCCCCGACAACAGCCAGUCUACACUAGCUCGCUUCCUAAAGCUAGAACGAAGACUCAUCGCCGACGAAAAUCUUGGUAGAAGAUACUCCGCUGCAAUCAACGAAUACAUCAGCCUUGGUCACGCCCGAAAACUUUCAGCCGAGGAGGUCGAUUACCGUCCAGCUGGCCGUACCUGGUUUCUGCCUCACCACCCUGUGAUAAAUCCGAAGAAACCUGACAAAUGCCGCCCAGUUUUUGAUGCCUCCGCGUACUACAAGGGAAUGUCGCUGAACUUUGCCCUGCUGAAAGGACCUGACCUGCUAACCAACUUAAUUGGUGUGUUGCUACGUUUCCGGCAACAUCCGAUGGCAUUGAGCGCGGAUAUCGUAAAGAUGUUCCACCAAGUAAGAGUGCGGCCACAAGACGGGCCGGCACUUCGCUUCUUCUAUCGCGACCCGGGUAUACAGGAACCGCCCUCCGUUUACCAAAUGAACGUGCAACCCUUCGGCGCAGUUUGCUCCCCGACAAUUUGUGCUCACGUUCUACGUCAAGCAGCCGAAGACGGUGGGAUUGAUGCAGCCGACGCUACGAAACAAGUAAUCGACCAUUUCUACGUGGACAACUGGCUGACGUCAUUCCCAACUGCCGAAGAAGCUAUUCAGCAAGCGAAAAGGGUGACAAACGUUCUACGUCGUGGAGGAUUCGAGCUCGCCCAGUGGGGCUCAUCAUGCCCGAAGGUUCUGCUGUCGUUGCCUGGCAACCCAGUUUCGUCUAUCGACUUAGCGCUACACGGAAUGCCCAUAGAACGGACGUUGGGCCUCUCACUCGACUACGGUAGCGACUCGUUCGUAGUGAGCGCAAGCAUUAAACUGGAUGGAGAGACGAAACGUGAAAUACUACGAGAAACGUCAAGCGUCUACGACCCAUUUGGUUUUCUCUCACCGGUGUUGCUACAAGCUAAACUCAUUCUGCAAGCUGUAUGCAGAAAAUCGGUUGGCUGGGACGAUCAACUAGACCAGACGACCAUCGAUGAGUGGAAAAAUUGGGCCAACUCCCUCUCGAAGCUAAACCCGCUUUCCGUCCCACGAUGUUUUUACCCAGAGCUACCAAAAGCACGAGGUGUGGGACUGCAUCUGUUUGCUGACGCCUCCGAAUCAGCGUUUGGUGCCAUUGCCUAUCUCCGUUUCGACAUCCCCGACGGCGUUAAAGUGUCAUUCGUUAUGGCCAAGGCGAGAGUAGCACCUAUCAAAUACGUUUCGAUACCCAGACUUGAGCUGUGUGCAGCAUUACUCGCCGCCCGCCUAGCAUCAGUGAUCAAGUCAGACCUUCGACUAAAAAUCGACCAAACCACAUUUUGGUCAGAUUCGACAACGGUUUUGAGAUGGAUCAACUCCCCACACUAUCGGUUUCAUAUUUACGUCGGAAACCAAAUAGGCGAAAUAUUGGAGCUGUCCGAAAGUAGUCAAUGGCGUUACGUCCCUACGGCUCAAAACCCAGCAGAUGACGUCAGCCGCGGCGUCACGUCAUCUGAAUUUUCCAUCGAACAUCGUUUCUUCACCGGUCCGUCUUUCCUCUACCAAUCACCUCAAAAUUGGCCGGCCUUCCCCGAUGUAAAACAGGGAACUAACGAAGUAGAGGAUCCCGAAGUUCGCUGUACGAGAUGGGUUGGUGCGAUUCUACACGUAAACGAUUCCAUCGACCAGCUCACCACGUACACCUCCCGCUAUCCGUUUUUAGUCGGCGUUGUCGGCUACGUCAAACGUUUCAUCAGUAACGCUCGUAAAAAAGAACCUCAACGUUGGCGACAUCGUGAUCGUUAUCGAGCCAGACACACCCCGUGGAUAAUGGCCCAUCGCUCGUGUCGUCAAGGUGUUCUCUGGACCAGAUGGCGUGGUCCGCUCCGCGAUCGUUCACCUACGUUCGGCCACCAAAACCUCCGAACUUCAUCGCCCAGCUGUGAAACUCUGCUUGUUGGAGUCUUGGGAUACGGAUGGUGCGUCCGCUUACGAACGCAGGGCCGGCUAUGUUCCGAAUCCUACAGCCCCAAAUAG